CGUAAGAGCAAUUGAGUUUGAUUUCUCAAUACAUUUAAAAAUUAAAUAAACCCUGCACACUUGCAUCUAUAAGUAGGAUGUUGCAUUCCGCCUCAAAAGCAGCUCACCAUCAAUAUCCUCGAUCAUAUUUCAUCGUGCAUUUAGAGUUGACGAAACACAAGCAGAAGAGUCAUGAUUCAUUCCAAGAUAUGUGCUCUCGGCUUGGCCGUUCAGGCUAGCCUUGCAAUCUCGAUUCCUCGGCCAUACACUUGUCCACCGAUUUCUGGGAACAAAACGAUUGAUGCUUAUCAAUUGUAUCCCGAGAACGUUGAUUUCGAUACACGACGUUGUCUUGUGUAUUCGAGUGUACUGUACAAUGCAACUGCUGUCGCCUGGGAUCCCUAUCGAGAAGAGAUAGUGCAUACUUUCGAAGCUCCAGGGCUCAGCGGCAAUCCUCUGCUCCAUUCAAGUGGCGUACGUGUUGACCCUCUGGACCGACUCUCUGUUGUCAUCGACGCCGGCGCUGCUUUCGAUACUGGUGGUCAGAAUAUUGAGGGGGAUAACUUCCUUGUCAAGUUCGACCUUGUAGACAAAUCUUUGCUGUGGCGAGCAAACCUGACCAAUGCGACCGCUGGUGUAUACGGCGGUUAUCAGGAUAGCGAAAGCGACGAUGCCGGCAAUACAUUCGUUCUCGGAACCUUUCCCAGCAGUCUGAUCAAAGUCAGCGCAGAUGGAAAGUCGAUUGUCCCGUGGUAUCUCGUCGAACCAGCCAACCAUACCAUUCACGGCUUCUCAGGAAUUGCUCGAAAAGACGACACGCUCCUUGUGACUGAUAACUCGGAUGGCCAGCUUUACCGAUUCGAUAUCAAAGCAUCAAAGGGCAAACCGGUUCAUGUUCCGACAUCGAAGGAUGGCAGUAGCAGUGCUCGGCCCUUAGGCCAGGGGCUCGACGGCUUGCAUUUGCCUUCACUCUACGCUGGUACUGUUCUUUUAGCCAGCGACAAUAACAACGGCACUGUUGUGUUGAGAUCUAGCAAUGGAAAGUGGAAAUCUGCUGAGAAUCUCGGCACCAUACCUAAUCCUUACCUCAACCAGGGCGGAUUCACUGUUGCGUCUGUGCAGAUCUCUGAUAGUAUCUAUGCUGUUACUGAGUUCUUUGGAGAUGCUAUCAAUGGCACUCUCCCCGGCAACAGGACAGCUUUUCCCUUGAGAGAUAUUACAGGAGAGGUUGAGACUCUACUGAGAGCCUAGUUAUCGUGAAGGGUUGAGGGUUGGGUGGUAUUAGUUUAUAAAGUGGAAAAUACUAUUAGUUAUUAUUAUAACAAAUAAUAUUAGGAAUAAAAUAG